GGACCAAAGAAAGUAAUCUGCUUUAAGAUUUGAAGUCCUCCGGUCUCCGGCACCAAAUCAAGUCCUCGGCACUCGCCCUAGCUUUGAUCCUAUGGCGAAUCUGGAUUCAGACAUCAAUAUGAUUCCGGCCGGCGAGGCAUCUACCGGUGGUGAACCAUCAUCUUACGCUGCAACGGCUUCAUCUUCAACGAAGAAAGCCAAGAAAUUCGAGAUAAAAAAAUGGAACGCUGUUGCUCUUUGGGCUUGGGACAUUGUGGUGGACAACUGUGCUAUCUGCAGGAACCAUAUCAUGGAUCUUUGUAUCGAGUGCCAAGCCAAUCAAGCCAGUGCUACAAGUGAGGAGUGUACAGUUGCUUGGGGGGUCUGCAACCAUGCUUUCCACUUCCACUGCAUCAGCCGUUGGCUCAAGACUCGUCAAGUAUGCCCCUUGGACAAUAGCGAGUGGGAAUUUCAGAAGUACGGUCACUAGAGCCAUUUGGGGGUAGGUAUCAUGGUGAGAUAGGGUGUUGCUCAACUGAAAAAAGCGUGCGCACAAACUUCCCCAUAUCUUGUUUCUGCAAUCACGUCAUAACCUUUGAACACAAGUACUAGAUGUGCUGAAUGAUGUAUUCGUAAUUUCUGGUAUAUUCUUCUUUUACUUCUUGGAAUCAUGUGGAUUCUAUGCUCUUAGCGUAUUCGUUUUCAUUGUAUAUUGUUUAAAAGAUUUCUCAUAUUUAGGUUCGGUAUCAAGGCUCAAAAAUAUUUUCGUGUGGGUUCUGCAUAUUUAAAUUUGAAUUACUAAAAUUAAUAUAAUUGUUAUUAGGAAAGGUUAA